AUGGAGGGGAGCAGAUCAGAGGCCGAGCCAGAGUCGGAUCGGCGCGAGGACCACCCCAACAUCGUCAAGUGCCAUGGCGUCUACUACGAGAGGUGCUUCGUGUGCAUCGUCAUGGACAAGUUCGCGGGAGGGGACCUCGUGGAGGGCCUGCAGAGGCACCUGAAGGACAAGGGCCAGAUCCCCGCCCAGAGGCCACCCGGGCCCGCCGCCCGCCUCUCGGGCGAGCCGGUUUGGGCUCCGAGCCCGCCGUCUACCGGGGGGGGCCCGCCUCCCUGCGUGCGGGCGGCCGCCGCCGCCGCCCGCGAGCGCAUGCCCGUCGAUGACCCGAACUUCCUGCUCAAGGAGCCGGAGUUGGCGCGCGACUAUGUCGACCACAUGGUCAACGGCAAGCGCCGGGACGAGGGCGUGCCCGCCGUGGACGGCAGCUUCUUCGUGGGCCACGAGGUGGAGAUACAGGGCCUCAGCGCCCGGCCGGAGCUCAACGGCCGGCGGGGCCAGGCGGUCCGCCUGGACCCGAAGACGGGCCGCGUGGGCGUCGACGUCGAGGGGUGCGGCACGCUGGCGCUGAAGUCUCAGCAGGCCGCGCUCGACGGCCAGGCCACGGCCCUGCGGCUGGCCCUGGAGCCCGAGCUGACGGACCUGCGGAUAGCGCUGCUGCCGGGCGGCAAGCAGGGCCCGCAGGACCGGGUCGAGCUCAGGCCGACCGCGGCCGAGAUCGUCGUGGUGAUGAAGAGGUGCCCGGAGAAUGUGCUGCUGCAGGAGCAGGGCUGCGAGGCGCUGGCCUGCUUCUGUAAGCAGGCGGGUGGCGCGGGGGUGGUGGUGGCUGCCAUGACUGCAGCCAAGCUGUCGGACAUCGGCGUCAUGCGCGCGGGUUCCAGGGCGCUCGCCAACCUGGCCAACGGGGACCCCGCGUGCAAGAUGGAGGUUCGGAGAUAUGGCGCCGUCAAGUUGGUGGUCAAGGCGAUGAAGGCCCACAAGCAGGACCUGCGGCUGCAGCACAUGAGCUGCGCACUGAUGGCAAACCUGGCGAAUGGCGACGACGACUGCCAGGGGGAGGUGGUGAACGCAGGGGGCACUGCCGCACUCGUGGACGCUCUGCGCCUCCAUGCCAGCGACGCAGCCAUCCAGGGCGACGGCCUGUUGGCCAUCGCGAAUCUCGCCACAGGCCGCCAGCAUGGGAAAGAUGCAAUCUGCGAUGCCGACGCAGUCCCAGUCGUGGUGGCGGCUCUCAGAAAGCAUGCCGGCGACGCCAAGGUGCAGCAGUGGGGCCUGGCCGCCCUGACGAACCUGGCGAACGGCGACGGGGAGUGCAGGCAGGCCCUGUGCGAGGGCCAGGGUCUUUUCGCGAUGAUCGAGAUCAUGGGCCGAAAACGCGGGGAUCCCGACGUGCAGACGAUGGUGUGCGGCGCUCUGGCCCACCUGGCGAGAAGCGAGGAGUACGAUUGCAGGGAUUGCAGGGAGCUGAUUCUCAGACUUGGCGGCCACAAGGUCGUGCUGGCUGGCAUGGACGCGCACCCGUUGUCGGAGAGGGUGCAAGAGAAGGGCUGCUACGUGCUCGUCCAGCUCGCGUUCUCGGGGGCCAGCGAGAAGCGGGCGAUCUGCGACGCGGGAGCCGCCGCGACGCUCACGCGCACGCUGCAGAACUAUCCGAGCGUCGAGAGGCUGCACAGCAUGGCCAGCGCCAUCCUCGAGGAGGUGCUGGGCUGGGUGCACGCGCACCGGCUUGCGCUCGGCCUGCGCGCUGCGGAGGCCGCGGCGGAGGUGGGCAAGCUCGACGCGGGCCCCGGCGGCACCGCGGCGCAGUUGCUGUUCCAGCUGACCCCGGCGGGCGCCCAGCGCGGCGGCGGCCCCCCGGGGUCGCAGAGGCCCGCGGAGCAGGCGGUGGACUUCUCGGGCGUGCUGGAGAGGCGCGGCGUUGUGCGCGUCAGACCCGACUGCCCGCUCCAGACGAUCUAUUGCAUCUUCGAGACGUGCCCGCACGUGCAGGCGGUGGUGAGCGUGGAGGAGGCGCCCCUGGCGGUCCGCGCGCUCACCCGCUCGCUCUUCCAGUCCCACGUGCUGCCCGCCGCCGAGAGGUCCAGCCGCGCGCCCGCCGCGGCGUGGCCCGCGCGGCCGCCGCGGGCCGCGGAGUGCGGCGGGGCCUCCGCGUGCGCCGCGUGA